AUGGGUAAUGACGGAGGAAGUAUCGCAGGAAGGGCAGAAUUGGUUAAAUUAAAAAAGCCAGAGAAAAGAGUUGAGAGCAUUUUAGUUGCAAAAUAAAGAGCUUAAUUUUGCUCAUUGACCAAAGAAAGAUUGAGAAAACCAAUUGCUUGUUGCAGAGUUGGAUACCUUUACAAUUAUGAUUCCUUACUAAAGGCCUUCAUGGAAAAGAAAAUACCAUAAGAACUAAAGCAUUUAUAAAAUAUGAAAAAAAUAAAAAAAUUGAAUAUUACAGAAAAUCCAGAUCAAAAUAAUGAGUUCCCUUUUGUUUGUCCCAUUAGUUAAAAGGCAUUAAAUGGAAAAGAAAAAUUCUAAGCUUUAUGGACCUGUGGAUGUGUUUUUAAUGAGAAAUUAAUUAAAGAUUUAAAAAUCAAAGAGUUCAAAUGUCCAAUCUGCAAUCAACCUUACACAGAGAAAGACAUAGUUUAGUAAUUUUGUAAUUGUUAUUGUAGAUUAUGUCCAACUAAUGAGGAAGUAGAAAUUAGAAAAGCAUAAUUGUACUAAGAAAUUGAAUUAAAAGAAAAAUAAAAAGUAGAUCAAAAAAAAUAAUGUAAAGUGGUGGACACAGCUGAAGAUCUAGAAUAGUAAUAAAAAAAAAAAGUAUGUACAGAAGAGCGCAAAUUAAUGAAACAAGCAAUUGGAAACAAUAAACUUUAAAAUCUUCAAAACUAAAGUCAGGAUUUAUAAAAGAACGAGAUUUAUUAAUCCUUAUUCCAUCAAUAACAUAAACUUGAAGGUAAUCUAUUUACUCGAAAUGUGAGAUUUGGCAAUAGAUGA